AUGGAUAUGAGCGGAGAGGAGGAGAAAUCAGCACUCGAGCAGUAUGGUGUUGAGCUCACCGAAAAAGCUAAAGCUGGCAAGCUGGAUCCAGUCAUUGGACGAGACGCCGAGAUUCACCGAACUAUUCAAAUUCUGUCUCGGCGAACUAAGAAUAAUCCCGUGCUGAUCGGUUCUGCUGGAACUGGUAAGACCGCCGUUCUCGAAGGGCUGGCUCAGCGCAUUGUACAAGGAGAUGUCCCGGAGAGCAUCAAAAACAAAAGAGUUGUUUCGUUGGAUCUGGGCUCUUUAAUUGCGGGAGCCAAGUUCCGCGGCGACUUUGAAGAGCGUCUGAAAGCCGUCCUGAAGGAAGUGGAGGAUGCGAAAGGCGGUGUUAUCCUCUUCAUUGACGAGCUUCAUACCUUGCUGGGACUGGGUAAGGCUGAGGGCAGUAUUGAUGCUAGCAAUCUGCUCAAACCUGCUCUAUCCCGAGGCGAGCUCCAAUGCUGUGGUGCGACCACUCUCAACGAAUAUCGAUUGAUUGAAAAGGAUGUAGCUCUUGCCCGACGGUUCCAGCCUAUUUUGAACAAAUACGAAGUGCACCAUGGUGUCAGAAUCACGGAUGGUGCUUUAGUAGCAGCAGCUACUUACAGUAAUCGUUAUAUCACUGAUCGUUUUCUGCCCGAUAAAGCGAUUGAUCUUGUCGACGAAGCUGCCUCGGCUCUCCGCUUGCAGCAGGAGUCAAAGCCCGACUCGAUUCGGGAACUCGAGCGUGAUAUCACUACCAUCCAAAUUGAGCUUGAGUCUCUUCGCAAGGAAACCGAUGUUGCUAGCCGCGAACGUCGAGAGAAACUUCAAGAAGACCUGAAAACCAAGCAAACGGAGACCGAUAAAUUGACUGAAGCCUGGGAAAAGGAAAAGGCCGAAAUCGAUACCAUCAAACGCACCAAGGAGGAGUUGGAACAUGCUCGGUUUGAACUUGACCAAGCCCAACGCGAAGGAAACUUUGCCAAGGCCGGAGAGUUGAGAUACUCCACUAUCCCAGAACUCGAAGCCAAGCUACCCAAAGAAGGCGCUGAGCAGGAUCCUCAAAAUCAAACGUUGAUUCAUGACUCAGUUACUGCGGAUGACAUUGGCAACGUCGUUUCUCGGACUACAGGCAUCCCCGUUAACAAGCUCAUGGCUGGAGAUGUGGAGAAGCUGAUUCACAUGGAGGAUACCCUCCGGAAGUCAGUCCGUGGACAAGACGAAGCGCUCUCUGCUGUGGCAAACGCUGUGCGGAUGCAGAGAGCUGGUCUCAGCGGAGAAAAUCGCCCUAUGGCCUCUUUCAUGUUCCUUGGUCCCACUGGUGUUGGUAAGACUGAGCUCUGCAAGAAAAUGGCAGAGUUCCUCUUUUCCACCGAAACCGCCGUUUUAAGGUUUGAUAUGAGUGAGUUCCAGGAGAAGCACACAAUCAGUCGACUCAUCGGUUCUCCUGCCGGGUAUGUCGGGUAUGAUGAUGCUGGUCAGCUCACCGAGGCUGUCAGACGGAAGCCUUACGCUGUUCUGUUAUUUGAUGAAUUCGAGAAGGCGCAUCGUGAUAUCUCAGCGCUACUGCUACAGGUCCUUGACGAGGGUUUCCUGACAGACGCACAAGGCCACAAAGUCGAUUUCCGAAACACUCUAAUUGUGUUGACCUCGAACCUCGGAGCUAGUAUCCUGGUCGGAGCGGACCCUCUGUACCCAAUUAAUGACUCUGAUAAUUCCGAGGUCUCAGAAAAGAUGAGGACGGCCGUUAUGGAUGUGGUUCAGAGCGCGUACCCACCCGAGUUCAUGAACCGAAUUGAUGAAUUCAUCAUCUUCAAGCGCCUGUCUAAGGAUGCUCUACGAGACAUCGUGGACAUCAGACUCCGAGAGCUCCAGGGCAGACUCGAUGACCGUCGUAUGACCCUGCGGGUUGACGAUGAGACCAAGGAAUGGCUGUGUGAGAGAGGUUACGACCCAAGAUUUGGUGCCCGGCCUUUGAACCGUCUCAUUGCUAAGGAAAUUGGAAACCGCUUGGCUGACAAGAUCAUCCGAGGCGAAGUUGUCUCUGGUCAAACUAUCCAAGUAUCUCUCGACGAGAAUAAGUCUGGCCUGGUGUUGCGCACUCCGUUCCCUACAGACAGUAAGAUCGAAACAGAUCGGUCGGUGAGGGCUACUGAUGAUGACUUCGAUGACCAUGUCAUUGCUGCCAUCGACAUGAAGGACCAUGGAACUGUAGGAUGCUCAUACUAUUCAGCCGAAGAAGAAAAGUUGUAUCUUCUCGGUGACUCACGCUCGGGAGAUAUAGAGACCAUUGACGCUUUGCUUCUCCAAAUCAAACCUACAGUGGUUUUGACACCUCCUCGUGUCGAUUUUAGCUCGCAGAAUCAAGAUCAAAAUCUUGCACAAGAAGAUGUUUCUUCUGCCUAUCUUCCUUACCAGAUAGACGUUCGCCCAACGCCGGAAUUCAGCUACUCCAAUGCGGAAAGCAAACUUCUCGCCUUAGAAAUUUCAUCUACGCACGAACAGCGCAUCCGGUUUUUCGUUCCUCAAAAUGGCCUGGCCGGACCGGAAGAAGUGGAUCCAGAAGAGAUGGGCUUCACACUCCAAGAAGGAAGACUGUUGCAUAUCUCAAGCUACGUCGACAUGGAGAACCCCGUGACUAUUGGGUGCGCAGGAGCCGUCCUCACCUAUCUACAAAGACGAAGAGCUGCGGCGCCUAGCUCCUUCGAAAAUGGAAAUGAGUAUCAGAUUCGAGCACUGCAAAUGUUCAAUCUGCGGAAUACGAUGUGGAUCAGCAGCAACACCUUCACCUCUCUCCAGAUUAUCCAGUCGGAGUCACACCCCAAUAUGUUCAACCAAGGCCCGGGGAAAAAGUCAGGUUCAGGCAAAGAAGGUCUUUCGGUCUAUGGACUCUUCCAGCACUUUUCAUACACCCCUCAGGGUAGGGCUAGACUCAAGCAAACCUUUUUCCGUCCAAGCGUAGACCUGGACACGAUUCGUGAACGGCAUGACUUUAUAGGAGUCUUUUCCCGCCCUGACAAUCUUGCCGCAUUGGACAAGAUGACGAAAGCGUUGAAACACGUUAAAAACCUCAGACCUGUUAUGGUCAAUCUUCGCAAGGGAAUUAGUACUGGCAGUGCUAAAAUCACCGGGUUCAAAACUACGGUUUGGGCUAGCCUUCUUGCUUUUGCGUUCUACACUAUCGACAUCAGUGAUGCACUGCGAGAGGUCUCAGGCGCGCAUAUCCUGACUCUCCGAACUAAGGCUCUCAGAGUUUUCGAGGCAGCACAGCUGUACCGAGUUGGUCGUAUGAUUCAAGAGAUUGUCGACAUCGAUAACUCCGAAGAACAAGGAAGAACAGUGGUCAAACAAGGCAUCGAUCGAGAGCUUGACAAAGUCAAGGACAGAUAUGAUGGUCUCAGCAGCCUACUCAAGCACGUCGCCCUCGACAUUGCCGGGACAAUCCCGGCGACCCUCGAAGUCGACGUCAAUGUCAUCUACUUCCCUCAGCUUGGGUUCAAUAUCGCCAUUCCACUGAAUGAUUAUGGCGCCGCGGCAUAUACUGGCUCCGACGAUGAAUGGGAAUUGAUGUUCAUCACAGAGAAUCGGGCGUAUUUCAAAGACUUCCGUAUGAGAGAGAUGGACGAGAAGCUAGGGGAUAUAUACGGUAUCAUUUGCGAGAAAGAAAUCGAAAUUGUAUAUAACUUAGCGCAGAGGGUCCUACGAUAUGAGAAUAUGCUCGUCGAUGCUUCUGAUAUUUGUGGAGAUAUUGAUAGUCUUCUUGCACUCACACAGGCAGCCAGCUUCUAUAAGCUGACCAGACCACGGAUGGUUGAACAAAAUGUGAUCAGAAUCAAAGGUGGCCGGCAUAUUCUUCAAGAAUUGACUGUUUCGUCCUAUGUGCCAAAUGACACAUUGCUUGUUGGUGGGGCGGAGUCCGAGACCAACGAAGCUGCUUCCUCCAUGGAUCAAAAUCCCAGCAUGUUGCUCUUGACUGGGCCGAACUACUCAGGUAAAAGUGUCUACAUCAAGCAGGUUGCUCUGAUCGUCUACUUAGCACAGAUUGGAAGCUUUGUCCCUGCAGACAGCGCAGAGUUGGGAGUCACUGAUAGAAUCUUGACUAAAAUUAAUACACAAGAGAGUGUCUCCAAGAUCCAAAGCACAUUCAUGAAUGAUUUGCAGCAGAUUUCUCUCUGCCUGAAACAAGUCACAAAUCGAAGCCUAGUCAUCAUCGAUGAGUUUGGGAAGGGAACAAACGAAAGCGACGGCAUCGGACUUGCCUGUGGCAUAUUCGACUAUCUGCUGUGCCUCGAAAGCCCCGCUAAAGUCAUUGCAGCAACCCAUUUCCAUGAGAUUUUCGAGAACAACUUCCUCGCUUUGCGGCCUCAUCUUCAUCUUGGCCAUAUGGAAGUUCAAGUGUGCGAGGAAACCCAGGAAUUCGAGGAUCAGAUCACAUAUCUUUAUAACUUUCGUCCGGGGCGAAGUAACAAGAGCUUUGGUACCAUCUGUGCGGCAAUUAAUGGUAUCGACCCAGCUGUUAUAUCUCGCGCAAACGAGAUUGCGUCUCUUUCAGCGCGAGGAGAGAAUAUUGUCGCGGCCUGUGCAAUUUUAUCUUCAGGGGAAAUGCAAGACCUGGAAGAAGCAAACUCCCUGGCGAGAGGUUUCCUGGAGGCGGAUUUCUCACAAGGUAGCUCAGACCAUGUCAGGGCAGUCUUCGAAGGCUUGUUCAAGUGA